AUGCAUGUCAAAGCAAAGCUUGAAGUACCCAUUGAAAAUUAUGUCAUCGAACCUAGUGAAUCAGAAAUACCAAUCUUAUUACCCCGAUGUUUUUACAAAGAUCAAAACCAACCAGAUGUUUGUCUGGUAAAUGCUAGCGAUAGGUAUUACACGAUUAAAAAGAACUCUGUGAUAGCCCAAGCGGAAAUAGUAAAUGAGAUAGAAUCAAAUAUUAGGGCAAGUCAGAUCAUACAGGGUGAUAAUUCAGAAGAACUGCCUGAAAAACUGGAAAAAAUGCUCAAAAAAUCAAGUUCUCACUUGUCGCCGACAGAAAAACAACAAUUAAGGACAUUGUUGCUCAACUAUCAAGACAUUUUUUCUAAAGACGACUUCGAUAUUGGAACAUUUAAAGAAGUGGAACAUCGAAUCGAUACAGGUGAUUCCGCACCGAUAAAAGAACGCAUUAGACGAACACCAUUACAAUUUGUUGAAGAAGAAAAGGAACAGCUAGCAAAAAUGCUUCAAGCUGGGGUCAUUGAACCUAGUGUCGCAGAAUGGGCUGCUGCUCCGGUGCUGAUAAGGAAAUCAGAUGGAAAAGUGAGAUAUGUGAUCGAUUAUAGAAAAUCAACUUAA